CGAGGCAAGCCUGGCAGAUGGAGUUGUCCCUGCUCCGCUCCGCCAGACUCGGCCUGGAAGUACUGGAGCGAGCCUCGAGACGGAGCGUAGACUGGUCUAGUGCGAGUCGGUAUCCCAAUACAACAACAAAGGAUGACACCGCCGGGAGUGAGGAGGUAGGCAGGCCUACGUGUUAAUUGAGUACAUUUACAUGCACACUAAUAAUUCGAUAUUAAACUGAUUAUGGCAGAAGUAAUGGUGCUUCGAGGUUACUCUAUUUAUCUUAAUCGGCGUAAAGUCAUAAUCGAAGUAAGCAUACACAGAUUAAAACACCUGGUUUUCUGAGCAAUCUUUCGAAUUAUUAGGACAUGUAAACACUUUAAUCGGCGUUCCAGCGGUGUAUUUGCUAGCACCGGCAGCGUAAACUCCCUCUAAUGUGCGAGUGGAGUGAGUUCACUGAAGGUAUGCAUUUUAGAAAUGGUUCUCGCAUACAAACUUUAUGUCCGAACUCGGAAUCAAAUAGUCUUAGCAAAAAUAACAUGGUCACUGUGUUAGAAAGUUUAUUUUGUUGGCGAUUUUCUGCAUUUAUCAGAAGUCCCAUCAGUAGCCAGAUUUCAGAUAUCCCUGUAUUGUAUACAGGUUUAUUAGGGAAAUUGUUAUUUUUGCAAAGUAUGCAUGUACACGUUUUAAACGAACUAUUAUAUUAAUCUGACUAUCCACAAUAAUUGUGCUAUUGUGUGCAUGGAACCGUGCUGUCUUUCUUUAUGUCAGCUAUGUUGUUUUCUCUGGUUUCUUUGUAACGUUACUAUGUGACGCACUGGGACAUUUUGGGAACUUGUCUCAUGCAGUUGCUACAUCAAUUUUUUGACUAUUAAAUUAAGGAUAUGUACCCUUUGAUUCUUGAAGAAUAUAAUUUAAAAUUGCACUAUGCAGAAAUCGCUCCGCCAUUUCCUGGUUGCUAAAGCUCAUAGUUCACCUAAUUUCAGUUUGUGACAAAAUAAGCUAGUAUAGUGUAGAGAAUCAUUGUACCAUCUGUGAAAUAUAUUUUCAAUAACCAAAAAUAUUGUUGUUUCAGCUGUUUGAAGCUGGUGUACAAAACCGAAAGUAAAAGAAGCAAAAACAAAAUUGAAGCACUGGAAGCAUAGAAAUAGCGCACAUAGAACAUAUCUACUGCUUCUUAGACUUGCUUUCAAGUAAAAUGAUCGCUCUAUAAAUCACAUUUCUAUGUGAAUGUGGCGGGGUUGCCCAAAUAGUUACAUAUUGCCACUUUAAGUGCCUCAUGAGCUUAGUUCAACUGUCAUACACCAUCAGAACCCAAAAUAUAACCUUGUUUUACUCCAAUGUUUGUAAACAAAGUAAAUGUAAACAAACACUAUACAGCCUCAAAACAUUGUUAAAACUAUACUUUUGAUAUCAUAGAUGGUCAGUCCUUACAUCCAUAGCUCUGUUUAUGAAUGGUUACAUUUCUCCAGCCCUAUCGCUCAGUUUUUUACCGACGCAUGUGUAACCGGUGUGAAAUGGCUAGCUAGUUAGCGGUGCGCGCUAGUAGCAUUUCAAUCGGUGACGUCACUCGCUCUGAGACCUUGAAGUAGUUGUUUCCCUUGCUCUGCAAGGGCCGCUGCUUUUGUGGAGCGACGGGUAAUGGUGCUUCGAGGUUGACUGUUGUCGAUGUGUGCAGAGGGUCCCUGGUUCGAGCCCAGGUAGGGUCGAGGAGAGGGACGGAAGCAAAACUGUUACACAUGGGCGGGGAGACGUUUUGUUAUUGUUUCUACUACUGAUUGCCGCUUUGAUGUCCAACUGUCCAUAUUCAGGUUCAGGGAGACUCAGCCCACACAAGCCUGGAUGAUGCUUUUGAGACCAUAGCGGAAUUCAUGGCACAGACAACAUAUCAAUGCAAGGUAUGUGCUCCAACCUAAUUCCACUGCCCUUACUUUGUGCAUGCUUUUGUCAAUGCUAGGUAAAUAUGUUUGUAUUACAGACCUUUUACAUGUCGGAGACGGAGCCUAUGGAAAAUGAGAGAACCCAUGUGUGUAGAUACCAUUCUCAAUCUCACCAACGCCCAGGGACCUCACUGCAGACCAGGAAACAUGUACGGCAAAGUUACAGCCUUUCAGUGCAACAACCCAUCAUAAAGCCAUAUUGUACAUUUAAAAGUGCAGGGCAGAGCCCAUACAUUCAAAUGGGAAAGUCAACAAAAACAUGCCAUUUGAAAUUGCAUUUCUUGUCAUACUCAUGUGGUUGAGAUACUAAGGUAUGCCUGUGUUUCUACAGGCACGGUCAUCACAUGAGGAUUUCCACAUUGAGGUGUCUCCAGGUACCUAUAAGAUUACAGCGGGAACGCAGGACUCACAGCAACAGACCCGGGUAGUACGCAUUAAUGCGGGAGAGAGCAUGAACCUCACCUUUCACCUCUAACCCCUGACCAAUCCCCUUUGAUCUUUCUGCUACCAAUAACAAAACUGCCCAAUCAGAAUGUUUACGUACAUAUUGUUUUCUGUUGUAAUGUCGCUUUAGAGUGAUAGUGAUAGUGUUAUUAAUUUGCUGCUAAAUGAGAAGCCAUAUUUUGAUGCUUAUUUUAUUUUUUAUAUUCAAUUAUGUGUGUAAAAUGUCUGUCCAAACGCAUCACGUUAAGCAUUUAUGUAUUUUUAUGUCAUAUC